AGCCUGGAUCUCAGUGGAGAAAAGAGAGUCAACCCGACCACUUCAGUGCAUAAAACACAGUAAUUCGUAUGUCCUGCAAGGUUAUGAAAACAGAAAAUAAAUGUGAUCCAUAGUGCAGACUCACUUUGAGGCCUAUUUUCAAUUUAAAGGCCAAAUGCAUCUAUUAAAGAUGAACAUUCAAUCUGAUUCAAAUGUCACGUCAAGAUACAAUCUUGCCAUAUUUUACUUGCAUACUUCGACGUGGCUAUCCAAUAGAUUUUCUUUCUUCUUUGCAAAAUAUUUCGCAAAUAACUGUUAUAUUCAAAAUCCAGAAUUUUGAGUUUACAUAGGCCUGAAGGUCAUUGACAGCUACACUACACUAAACAAUCCAGCAGUAACACCUAUCACUUUUGCAAUGGGUGGUUUUAUUUUUUACUUAUAAUGCUUUGCCAUUUGUAAAGGACUUGCAGUUUUCUUCUCCUUUCUGUUUAUCACACCAAUGAUGGACAUUCUAAGAGCUUCAGUGGGGGAAAAAACAAUUAGAGUUCUCUUUUUCUGGUUCUGAAAGGCGUUUCACCUCGCAUGCAAGAUGCUUUUUUCAGUUCCAUCUGACCGCUAUAUAUUUGUGGCUCCCCAUCAGUCAGUUAGAACAAAAAACCAUCUUGGAUGAGAAGUGAAACGCCUUCAGGAACCAAAAAAGACAAGUGUACUUGCCUUUUAACAAGAUGUGAGGAUUCUAUAACCUGGAUGGCUGAGAAUCUACACAGGUCACCCUGAAAAUUCUCCCAGACACGCCCACCAAACAGGAGCAACACAUAUGAAAGGUUGCUGGAGGAGGUUGCACAACACCGAUAAACAAGAAAAAAAAGGCAGCAAACCGGUGAAAAACGUGUCCACGUUGAACGCAGCCCAGGUGCGCUGGACGGUGAGAGCAUAUCUGUGUCUUUAAAUUCAUUUUUAUCUUUGCUAUCAUUAAUUAGACACCUUAAUUUGGAAGGAUCACAAUAUGUAGGCUUAAUCUAUUUGCGCGUAAGGAAGCACAGACUAUGGAUUAGUGCGCAGCCUACCUUAUCGAUCCACUUUCACUUUACGUCAAGACCUGAUCGCAGUGGAUCACUUGUAAAUCUUAUUGGUUUGGACAGUUUAGUGACUGAUUUUAACUUUAGUAUGCCAUUGUGUUUAAGCAAAAACUGUUACAUGAUAUAAAGUCGGGAUUUUCAUUAGGGAAUGACGAGCUUACACCAGACGGACAUUGACCUGGACUUGCAAGAUGUGGCCUGAGCAGAAAUCUGCAUUUUCGUGUUGGAAAACCUGCAGAAAACCGGCAAAUGGACAAAAAGUAAUCCCAAAAUUAGGCUUUAUUCCUAAUCAAAAGUAAGGAUCACUCGUGAAAUAUAUCCAAAGCAGGAUAUUUACACAUGUAGACCAUUUUUUGCCAUUAUAUCACAUACAACUUUUAUUUCCUUUAAAUGAUAAAUGAUAGAAAGAAGCCGCUCUUAAAUGGUGGAAAAGCUUAAUCUCUCUUUGGAAUAUUGCAUCGGGGAAAAAUUGCAACAGAUUAGUGCUAAAAUCUUCGGUUACAUCACCUCUGAGUGUAGUGUAUGGACCUGGCACUUCACUCUGACAGGCGCUCAAGUCUCGCUCCUAUUGGGUCCAGCGUUGAUGGGUGGACUGAAUAAAUAGGGCUGAGAUGCGGCUCAGAACGAGAUGAGUGGAGGAGCAGCAGAGGAAGUGGGAGGCACAGUUCAUUGUAGCAGCUCAUAACUCACGGCAACUGUGCGUUAUAGUGGUAACUGGAGUCUGACUGAGCGGCAUCUGAACUCUCUUCUCACUCAUAAAUCGUGCUCUUGCUUUUUUUUUUCUUCCGCCACUUUUUUUUUUACUCCCCAUCCCUGCACACCGCGAUCCAAGUUUUAGUCGGUGCCAGCUCCGCCGCUCCGCUGCAAACAGGUUGCAAGGAGGAAACAUUCCCCUCUGCGCGUCUUCCGCCGCUCAUUUGAAUUGAUAGAAAGCUCGCAGCCAAGAUGAUGAUCAUCAUUGCGGAGUUCUUCGUGGUCAUUCUGAAGGUGCUUUGGGCUUUUUUAACUGCCGGCGCCAAAUGGGUCGUGCGCCCAAAGGAGAAGAGCGUGGCGGGACAGGUGUGCGUGAUCACCGGGGCUGGGAGCGGACUCGGGCGGCUGUUCGCCAAGGAGUUCGCCCGGAGACGAGCGAUACUGGUCUUAUGGGACAUAAACAGCCAAAGCAACGAGGAAACGGCGGAGAUGGUGCGGCAGAUUUACCAUGAAUUAGACACUCCCAUAACCAAAGACGGACCUGUUGGAGGUGUUGAGGAAGUCCCUCCUUUCCAGCCGCAGGUCUACACCUACGUGUGCGAUGUGGGAAAACGCGAGAGUGUGUAUUCCACAGCGGAGAAGGUGCGUCGGGAGGUGGGAGAGGUGGACAUACUGAUCAACAACGCCGGCGUCGUCUCUGGUCACCACCUUCUGGAGUGUCCCGAUGAGCUGAUCGAGCGCACCAUGGUGGUCAACUGUCACGCACACUUCUGGACCACCAAGGCGUUUCUCCCCAAGAUGCUGGAGCUGAAUCACGGUCACAUUGUGACGGUUGCCAGCUCCCUCGGUUUAUUCAGCACAGCUGGAGUGGAGGAUUACUGCGCCAGUAAGUUCGGUGCCAUUGGGUUCCAUGAAUCACUGAGCCAUGAGCUGAAGGCCUCAGAGAAGGAUGGCAUCAACAUGACUCUGGUGUGCCCUUACCUGGUCGACACGGGAAUGUUCAAAGGCUGCAGGAUAAGGAAGGAGAUUGAGCCUUUUCUGCCUCCCCUGAAGCCAGAGUUCUGCGUGAAACAAGCCAUGAGGGCCAUCCUCACCGACCAGCCCAUGAUCUGUACGCCUCGCAUCGUCUACAUGGUUAACUUCAUGAAAAGCAUCCUGCCGUUCGAGGCCAUCGUUUGCAUGUACCGGUUCCUAGGCGCCGACAAGUGCAUGUACCCCUUCUUAGCUCAGAGAAAGGAGGCCAUGAACAACAAUGAGGCGAAGAAUGGGAUCUAGGGGGCGCUGUUUGCAACACGAACAGGGGCUUAUGAACCUGCAAGCAUGAGGAAACAACCACUGAGGGGGAAGAUGGAAUGAAGAAAAGACUGAAUCUAGACUGGUGCACUUGCAUUGAGCAGAUGCAAAAGUUUACCAUAUUGUUCCUCUGGAACAAAGAAAGCUGUGUACUACACAAUGGAUUUAUUUGACUUGUUUUGUCUUUUUUUUGUUUUUGAAGUUUGUUUAAAGAAACCAACAUCUAUAUACUGUGUCACUAGUUUUGAAAUCAUACAGAAAAGGUAUCCAGUAAUUAACUAUUUACGUAAUGUAGUCACCAGCCUUAUCUAGUGUCAUUGUGGAAAUAUACAGUAUGUUACUGUACAAACAGUAAUAAUCUUUUUUUCAGUUUUAUUUUAUUUUUGUAGACAUGCACUGUAAUUUCUGAUUUUCUUUUUGUUUCUGAUAUAAAUUCAGAUUUUUUUUUCUACACUGCCGGCAUUCUCUGUGUAGGUUGAACACAGCAUUUCAAAACUACCCAACGUCUCCCCACGCAGAGGCUCACUCACAAAAUUUGCAACUUUGAUUCUAGCUUGUGCCAUUUUAAAAGAAAGAGGAACAACAUUUCACAAUAAAAGCUGACCAUAAUCCAUUUCUGUUAAAUACUUAAGUUAGAGAUAUGUAGCAUAUAUGUUAAUGUGGUCUAUGCAUUCCAAAUGGGACGUUUAAUGGCCAGAUUGUGGCUCGCUUGAUUUUUUUUUUUUUUUUUAUUUUUUUUUUUUUUAUACAGGAGUUUUCAGAGUGAUGGAGCUCCGCAGUGUCUCUCCACGGUCCCGCCAUUUCAGAUCUGUUCUGACUAAAUCCUUUAAUGAAAAGUGCACGAGGGAGUUGGUGUCCUGUGUUGAAUUAACACGCGUGACACAUUCAGAAUGUAUUGCUUAGGGAGAAAUCGAGCGGAAAUGCAUUUUGUUUUUGCUUUUCAAGAUCUGUAGUGUUCAUAUUGUAAAUUUAUCUGUUACCAAUAUUGUUUAAAGAAAGUAACCCAACAUGGUUUGUAACUCCAGGCGAACUCAUUGUCCCAACACUGAUGUGUGAUUGAGGGAAAUGUAUUCAGCUUUCCAUUACCCCCCACCCCCCCCCCCCAAAAAAAAAAAAAAAAAAAAUUAAUACUUUAACUCUUGUCUGGUGUCCACCGUGUCCUGUUAAAGUGAAAUGUGUAUGUUUAAAUGUUGUGAAUACCCCAGUGUCCCAAAAAUAACUGCCUCCACCAUAUUUGAUGUAUGAAUAUUUUAUAUACCUUUUUUUGAGAUGACAAGAGUUUUUUGAAUUUCAACUACAUUCCAAUAGGCGUCAUUCCUUCAGUCACAGUGAUGAGCCUAAAUUCUCUACCUCUUAAUUUUUGCCAUUUUUUUUGACAGUAUGACAUAAGCCUCUUUUUGUAAUAUUCUGAAGACUGCUCCAUUGCCGAGCAAAUGUGGUUCCAAUGUUUAGUGUCUCUACCUAACUUAAAUUAAUAAAGUGAUCUAGAUUAUUA